GACCCUCUCGUCCUGUGCGGACCCUCUCGGCUGGGUGCUCCUCUCGGCCUGGGCAGUGGGUUUGUGCUCCUUGCUGUGGGGCAGGCACGUGUGGCCGCUCUAGUGCCACCAGCCAUUCUGCAGCCUGUUUGUGCCUGGACCACAUGUGUCUGGACACACUGGGAACAGGCUGAGUGUCAGGACAUGUGGCCCAGAGAAAGUCACCCCCUCUGCACCCCAUUUUUCCACCUCUAGUGUGGGCUGGGCCAGCCUGCAGGGCAGGGGGUUGCACACACUUGGUGUAUUAGCCCGGCUGCAGCUCCUGAGAGCUGGGCCCUCCUGCGUGCUGUGGUCUUAGCCUCACAGCAGCCCCUUGCAUGGUUCCAUCUUCGGGAAACUGAGGCUUGGGGCAGGCCACAUAGUGGGAAGGCAUGAGCCUCUGCCUAGGGUGGCACACAGUUAUGGUCCUGACUGCUGUGUGUGCUCCCCAUUGGGGUCUAGGGCCAUAACCUCCGAACAGCCCUGCCUGGCAGAGCAGCCCCCCCUGUGUGGACGGGGCUGCUGGGGUGCAGUGGGUGUGCGGUCGGUUGCCUGUGAGAACCCUGGCAGAGCCAGCCCCCGUGGGGCUGCGUGCAGGCUGCCUGGCUCCUCCACGCCUGGGCCUGUCUCAGGCUUACCUCCCUCUCCUGCCUGGUGUCUGGGGCCCUGUUGCCGGGCAGCAGGUCCCUGGGAAGGCUCCCUGCAGAGGCCGUGGGGAGGGACCCUCAGAGCCGUUUCCCUGGCUCCUCCAGCCUUGGGGACCCAAGUCUAGGUGGAGGGUAGGGCAGUUCUGCUGCCAUGUCCCUGUGGAAUGGGCCACAGCAGCCAGAGCCCUGGAGCCAGCUCUGUGGGGUCCACCCCAGCCUGGUGGCCCGCGGCUCCCCUGGCGCCGGCUUCCCCUCCCGGGCCGGGGCAGGGAGUGAGGCCAGCCCAGUGUGCAGCAGGCCCGCCUCGCUGUGCUUGGGCCUCUGUCUCUUCUCCUCAGUGCGGAGGACCCCUUCCUCACUGCCUUUCUUUGAGGGCCCCAUUUUGACAGAGCUGUGUAGCGGCGUUUGGGGGUUGGGGACACAGACAAGCAUGCGUCAGCCAUCUUGUGUGCCACCGUGGAGGACAAGACCCCUUGGGCCUGCUGACCUCAAACCUCUCAGGCUGCCACGGACACGCAGGCGGAGGGAUUGCGACCCCAGAGCCAAAGUUCAGGGUGAUGGGGUGGAGGACUGGCCGUUUGACGAUGGGGCGCCCCCUCCUGGCAAGGUCGUGGAGGACUGGCUGAGCCUGCUGAAGUCCAAGUUCUGCGAGGACCCUGGCAGCUGCGUGGCCGUGCACUGCGUGGCGGGCCUGGGACGGGCUCCGGUACUCGUGGCGCUGGCCCUCAUCGAGAGCGGGAUGAAGUACGAAGACGCCAUCCAGUUCAUCCGACAGAAGCGUCGUGGAGCCAUCAACAGCAAACAGCUUACCUACCUGGAGAAAUACCGGCCUAAACAGAGACUGCGGUUCAAAGACCCACACACGCACAAGACCAAAUGCUGCGUCAUGUAGUUCAGGACCUUGACCAGGCCUGGGGCCUGUGGUGGCCCCGCCCUGCCCCGGCCCGCCCCUAGGGGCUCUGUGCCUUGGCCGGCCCCCAUCUGGCCUUCCCUUCUUGUAGCCUGGCACUUGUGGCGUCCAACUGGCCCACCGGCUGUGUGUAUGUGCCCCCUUGCUGGUCUGCCUCUGCCCCCUGGUCCUGCGUGUCUGAGCCCAGUCGGGCCCCCUCUUCCCUGGCCUCCCGCCAGCAUCCUCGAUGCCACCUGGGCAGGUCUCCUCUCUGGCCUGUUUAUUACAGGGUGGGGGUGUGUUUUUUAACCACUGGGCCCAGCCCCUCCUCUGCGGCCCCUCACCGGACCUGUUCUCGGCACCUUGUUAUCAGAUCCUGGGCAGCUGGGUAUUCCGGACCCUCUAAGGCAAUAAAAAAGGAGCCAUG